UUCACCAGGCUUCUCUCCCCGCAUCUCUUUCAGGCCUGUUCAGUCAUGGCAUCAUUGAAAAGGGCUGCCAGUGAGGGAAAGUAUUGCAGAGACUGGGAGGAAGAGGAGGAUUUGAAGGUCUGGCUUUGCCCUGUGGCAGGAGACAAUGGCAAAGCAGCCUGCAGGUUCUGCAAGGGUACGAUGCCUGCUGGCUACUCGAACCUUCGGCUGCACAUGGCCACGGCUGAGCAUCAAAAGCAUUUGCCUCCAGGCUGCUCUGUGCCUUUGGCUGAUGAUGGGCUUGGUGACCUGAAGCAUUCUGGUACUGGAACCACCAUGCCCAGGUGGACAGAGGCAUUGUUCCCAUCGGCCAGUUCACCAAAGGCAAAAGAGGAAGAAAUGGAUGAGGUGUUGGUGAGGAACAGGAACGGAAAUUCAGCAGAAGCGUUUCAGUUCAGUGCUGAGCCUACCUUGGAAGACAUCCGAAGACUCCAGUCUGGUUUCACAGCUGAGCGUGGCUGGGGGAAGUACCACCAGCCUCGGAAUCUGCUGCUUGCCCUCGUCGGGGAGGUUGGGGAGCUGGCGGAGCUCUUUCAGUGGCGGGAGGAAGCCCCUGAAGGCCUCCCGGGCUGGACGGCGUCUGAGCGCGAAGCCCUCUCCGACGAGCUCAGCGAUGUCCUCAUCUACCUGGUGGCUCUGGCAGACAAGUGCCGCGUGGACCUUCCCUCGGCCGCCCUCCGCAAGAUAGGGAAGAACCGCCUCAAAUACCCGGCUGAGCGAGUUUACGGGUCGUCCAAGAAAUACACCGAAUACGAGAAGCAACAGGACGGUGCAGCUGCUUCUUCUGGAGCAGCAAGGGGAGAAAACUUUUGUGUGGCUUUGGGAAGCUCCCAUCCUCCGGACACAAGCUGCGAGGGCUCAAAUGGCACUGGGGCUUCAGGGCUCAGGCAGGGCAGCGCCUCGAAACAGGCCUCUACUUCGUCGUAGCCUUUUGUGAGACGAGUCUAGAAAGCGCUAAUGCAAAGGGAGCGAUGUGGGGAGGGGGGGGUGCUGCCAUUAUUUCCUCCCUCUCCUUUUAUGAUUUUGAAGGUUUAGUUGAUGCUCACUCCAUUGAGGAAGGGAGCCCUAUCUGGCAGGGGAAUUGAAAGUGACAAGUCUGUGGGGGAAGGCCUGUCACUCUACGCAGGCAUUAUGACUUUACCUCAGAUGUGAAACUGACAAGGGCCUUCUACACACUUGGCCUCCUGACUAGGGCCCAGUUUGAUGCCUCCAUCUUAAGUUUUUGUUUUUUAAGAAAAGAAGCCAUGGGAAGCUGCCUGUUUGAGCUGACUAAUGGGAGGUUAGGCCUGCUUUACAUCUGGAUGUUUCCGAUCCAAAUCCAUCCUCCUCAAGCUCUGCCCCCCCCCCGGGCCCAUUGG